AAGGCACAAAUUUACAAUUUACAAAUUACUGAAACUGGUCUGUUUCGUGAACCUUAAGGUUUCUACCUUUAAAAUGUCGAACGCCAGAGGAGGGUGUUACUAUUCAGUUCUUGGAGUGGGCAAACAAGCCACUGCCUCUGAAAUUCGUGAGGCUUAUCGUAGACUUGCUCUGAAAUGGCAUCCAGACAGGUGGGUGAAAGACCCCAAAGCUGCUGGAGAAGCCAAGAAGAGGUUUCAGAAAAUCCACGAGGCUUAUUCAGUUUUAUCAGACAAAAGAAAGAGAACUAUAUACGACGCCGGAUUGUUUGGCUUCAUAGGAGACGACGAGGAUGAAGGAUUUUGUGACUUCAUGCAAGAAAUGGUAGUCUUGAUGAAAACCGAAAAGAGUGAGAAGAAGAACAGUUUGUAGGAUCUUAAGAGGCUGUUAUCGGACAUGAUGGCUGAGAAUGAAAGAUCCAUGUUCGGAUUUCAUGAAAGGAACACUUCCCCAAGUCCUGGGAAAAGAAUCCGUACGUGUAGCUGAAAAGUACACAAUGUUUAAUCUUUUGUAUGGUUUUAUCUGAGUUAACUUGUUCAUGGCCUCUUCUGUAACUCCCCCAUUAAUUUUCAGCUGGGGUUGCUUGUAAUUAUCCUCGCAACGAAUGUGCAAUCUUCAUGUAUCAACGAUUCAUUUGGAAUCGUUGUUGCUAAUUGUAUCAGAUGCGAAUCAUGUUGUUAAUUUUGACAACAAUUUAUGAUAUAUGUUAAAAAAAA